AUCGAGAUCGAGUGAGAGCAACUGAGACAGUGACGACUGCUAGGUGAAGAAGAAUCCCCCGGAUUCCUUCAUCACUUCCCCACCAAUGGCCGAUCCAACCCAAUAUCUCCCACUCCCAGGUAGUAAAAAAAUCAACACACCCUUAUUAAACGACCCAUCAAUUUCCCCCCUUCUCUUUCAGGAUGGAACGCGAAACGGAUCCCGAAGCCGCAGUUUCAGCUCCUUCUACUUCCGAUGCAAUCGAAGCGCCGCCGCCCUUUUCUCAGGUCGACGAAGAACGAGAAGAGAGCAGUCAAUUUAACCCAGGUGACAACCAUCAUCAACAACAGCACUCUCUUCAGCAGCAGCACCGCCUCCGCCGCCGCUGGCCACCGGGAGUGUCUUACCGGCUCAAUAUAUCGAUCUCCGAUGUGGCCUCCACCCAGAUUCGGGACGACGUGUGGUCUAUCCUCAUUGUCCUCGUCACCUUUUGGUUCUUCGCAUCGAUGACAGUGAUACUCGGGUAUUACGGAUCUGAGGAGUUGCCGUUGGGUCCGAAUUGCUCGCGCCUUAUGCAAGCUAACCCUUUCUUUGUGCAGUCAAUUAAGGCACAAGAAAUAGAUGAGUCAAAACACGGGCCAAUGCUAUAUGGAUUUUACGAAACCCCUCCUCUUGAUGUUGAGAUUGCCUGGUCCGAAACCCACAAGGCAUCUAUACAAUCGAACUACCACAAGGAGUGGGAAUACUUUCUUAACCAAGGGUCUAAAGUUGAUAUUUCAUACAGCGUCAAAUCCCCAAGUUCUUCCCCUUUGUCCCUUGUAAUUGCCCAAGGUAGAGACAACCUAAUGGAGUGGAUAGAGGACCCUUCAUAUCCUAAUACAACUUUGUCCUGGAACAUUAUUCAUGGAGAUGGUGUUAUCCACCAGGAAAUUUUCAGCUCUAAAAUGUAUUAUAUUGCUGUGGGCAACUUGAACUCUGAGGAGGUGGAGGUUCAACUGAAUUUCACACUAAAUGGUUUUCUCUAUAACACAACGCGGGCAUAUUACAAGUGCUCUUUGAGUCACCAGUUGUGUAGUUUGAAGCUUUUCCUUCUAAGGGCUAAUGUUGCGGUGCUAACUUCUCCGGGUAUGGAUCAGGAUGAAACUUAUGAUGACUGGUAUGUCAAACUGUCUUAUGGACCACGUUGGAUCACAUAUUUUCUCGGCUCAGGUACGAUGACCGUAAUCAUCUUAUUGGCCUUCCGGAUCUGUAACAUGUUCCAAAUAAUUAGGGGAGACGAAUCAGGAUUUCGAGCAGGGGACACGGUAUCGGAAAGAGCUCCACUGCUCUCCCGUAAAGAUGACGAUCUCUUAAGUUGGGGUUCAUCUUACGAUUCUCUCUCACACGAUGAAGAGGAAGUGGAUGAGUGGCUUGCAGUGGCUACCCUUGAUGGAAAGCCACUUAAGGAAGAUAGGGAAGCCAAUAGCAAUCUCCGACGUCUAUGUGUUAUGUGCUUUGAUGCCCCAAGGGACUGCUUUUUUCUUCCGUGUGGGCACUGCGCUGCCUGUUUUGCAUGCGGAACAAGAAUUAUAGAAGAGGCUGGUAAUUGUCCCAUUUGUAGAAGGACAACGAAGAAGGUGAGGAAGAUAUUUACAGUUUGAGUGGCUGAUGAUGUGCACUACAGAAAAUACCCGAGAUCAACGCCUCAUGCAUGCAAACGAUUUUGGUUUCAAACCAUGAGAUGAUUGCUUGAAGAUCUCAUGGAAGAAGCAAAUUUAGUUUGGUAGAUCUCGACCGAGGUUUCCUUUCUGCACUUGCACUAUGCUGCUGCUGCUUGGGAUUACCUCAUUGUAUUGCUUUACCGCGAUUCUUCUAGUGUGAUAGUACUUUCUUUUUGAGUGUACAUAAGUUGUAAAUCGACCAAAGUUUUUUGCGGUCUUCCCUCUGUCGUCGUUGAGUUGUAACAAUGGUCCGAUUGUUUUUGAUUUGUUCACAUGAUGGAGAGUGUUGAUCGUCUGUCUUUUGAGCAGACACCGGUUGAUUCAACCAAAUUGCAAUUCUUCAUUAA